GGGCGGUGCAGAGGUGGGCGGGUUCUAGUGGCGCGCCCUGACGGCGGCGGGAGUCUAAUCCCUCUCUUGGCUGUGGCCCACGCGGCUCGCACGCUCUGUGGGGCAACAUGGCGGACAUGGAAGUAUUUAUUUUGCCGAAGAAGCAUAAGAAGAAAAAAGGGCUGAAGUCAUUACCAGAAGAAGAUGUAGCAGAAAUACAACACGGUGAAGAAUUUCUUAUCAAACCUGAAUCCAAAGUGGCUCAGUUGGACACAUCUCAGUGGCCCCUGUUGCUAAAGAAUUUUGAUAAGCUAAAUGUGAGGACGACACACUAUACACCUCUUCCUUGUGGUUCAAGUCCUCUGAAGAGGGAAAUUGGGGAUUAUAUCAGGACAGGUUUCAUUAAUCUUGACAAGCCCUCCAACCCCUCUUCCCAUGAGGUGGUAGCAUGGAUCCGACGGAUACUUCGAGUGGAGAAGACAGGACACAGUGGUACUCUAGAUCCCAAGGUGACUGGCUGUUUAAUCGUGUGCAUAGAACGAGCCACUCGCUUGGUAAAAUCACAGCAGAGCGCAGGCAAAGAGUAUGUGGGAAUUGUCCGGCUACACAAUGCUAUUGAAGGGGGCACUCAACUUUUUAGGGCCCUAGAAACUCUGACAGGUGCCUUAUUCCAGCGACCCCCACUUAUUGCUGCAGUAAAGAGGCAACUCCGAGUGCGGACCAUCUACGAGAGCAAAAUGAUUGAAUACGAUCCCGAAAGAAGAUUAGGAAUCUUUUGGGUGAGUUGUGAGGCUGGCACCUACAUUCGGACACUGUGUGUGCACCUUGGUUUAUUACUGGGAGUUGGCGGUCAGAUGCAGGAACUUCGGAGAAUUCGUUCUGGAGUCAUGAGCGAAAAGGACCACAUGGUGACGAUGCAUGAUGUGCUUGAUGCCCAGUGGCUGUACGACAACCACAAGGAUGAGAGUUACCUGCGGCGAGUUGUGUACCCUUUGGAAAAGCUGUUGACAUCUCAUAAACGGCUAGUCAUGAAAGACAGUGCAGUGAAUGCAAUCUGCUACGGGGCGAAGAUCAUGCUUCCGGGUGUUCUUCGAUACGAGGAUGGCAUUGAAGUAAAUCAGGAGAUUGUGGUCAUCACCACCAAAGGGGAAGCAAUCUGCAUAGCUAUUGCAUUAAUGACCACAGCAGUCAUCUCUACCUGCGACCAUGGGAUAGUAGCCAAGAUCAAGAGAGUGAUCAUGGAGAGAGACACUUACCCUCGGAAGUGGGGCUUAGGUCCCAAGGCAAGUCAGAAGAGGUUGAUGAUCAAGCAGGGCCUUCUGGAUAAGCACGGCAAGCCCACGGACAGUACACCUGCCACCUGGACGCAGGAGUAUGUCGACUACAGUGAUGUGAAGAAAGAGGUGCUGCCUGAAACCGUGAAAGCCGAAAAGCGGAGGCGACAGAGUGAAAGUGACGAGACCUCCCCAGCAUCCCCAGCGUCUCCAGUGUCUCCAAAGUUGAUCAAGAAGGGGAAGAAGAAGAAGAAGGACAAGAAGGCCAAGGCUGCUGAGGAGAGUGCAGGCGAGCCGGGAGAUGGCGACGCGGACAGUGACACCACCAAGAAGAAGAAGAAGAAGAAGAAAAUAAAAGUGGAAGUGCUUUCUGGGUAGUGGAGAUCACUUGAAGCACUGUGCAGCUGGGAGGAGAAAUGAAAGCCUUAUUGAGAAAACAGUUCCUUUUGUUGUUGAGAGAAUGGAACAUAGGUCCCAGAAAGGGUGGAGUUACGGCACACUUGAGCUGCUACCCGAGUUCUCAGUGAUGUUAACUGGUGUGGUCAUCUCAUCCUGUCCUGUUUUAAGGAUAUGGGUGCAGGAGGCACAUUUGACACCGCCCACUUUCCUGCUUGGGAGAGUCCGGAAGCCUUGCCUUCAGACGCAGUACUGUCCAGUAACCAUGUACAGCUGUUUCCUGAUGGCUGUUUUAACAUCAUUGUCCUUUACGCAUUUGCUUCUGCCACCCUCCCCCCCUACCCCCACCCAUUUAAAAGUUUGUAAAAAUUGCGUAGUGAAAUGGUGUAGAGUAAAAGAAUAUAACUGAACCAUGUUCACUGGGUGGGUAAGUCUGCAGUCCUAAGGGCAGUGGUCUAUUCUGGUGUCUAUCUCCCUUCCAGGUAAAGGCCUGGCAAGGACUCAUGGUCUUCCAUCUUGGCCAUUUCCAGGCCCUCUGGCCUAGCAGUCAGUGGUACACUUACUCAGAGCUUGGGUACAGCCUCCGCACCUAAAUCCAUCUGGCUACUUGUAUGACAGAAGCUUGUGUUCUCUUGUUUCAACCCUCAUUUUCUUUCAAAGUAUACCAUCACUCAUUGCUAGGAAGAGGUGGUUGUAAUUUUUACUUAUUAAAAGUUUACUUAUGUUUUUGAAG